GCUGGAUUGGUGAUGCCUGGGCGCUGCGCGCGCCUGCGCAGUGGGGAGGGUCGUGCGUGCGCCGAGGCGCUGCGGGAGAGCCCUCGGAGUGUGGUCGCGGCUGCUCCUCCUCGGACUGCUGCACCAUGGCUGAGGAGGAGCUGGAGGCGUUGAGGAAGCAGAGGCUGGCCGAACUGCAGGCGAAGCACGGGGAUCCUGGCGAUGCAGCACAGCAGGAAGCAAAGCACAGGGAAGCAGAAAUGAGAAACAGUAUCUUAGCCCAAGUCCUGGAUCAGUCAGCCCGGGCCCGUUUAAGUAACUUAGCACUUGUAAAGCCCGAAAAAUCUAAAGCGGUAGAGAAUUACCUCAUACAGAUGGCAAGAUAUGGACAACUAAGUGGGAAGAUCCAGAUGAGCCCCACCUGCACUGGAAACCACCUGCUGCCACCACAGCCUGCGGGAAUCAGUCCUGCCUUGAACCCCUUACACUAAGAGCAUGUGUGGAAGAGACGACUGGUUCAUCUUUUUUGAGUGACUUCCCUCCUGCAUUUAAGCUGCUCAGUGGCAGAGGCAAUGUGUCUCUGUCCCUGACCCUUAACACAGUGGUGUAGGUCAUUGUCGGCUAGCGGUGAUAAAGGUGUUCUUAAACAAUGUUAACUUUGGAUUUUCCUGAGAAAGCUAAUUUUGAUGGCAACUUACCCCUCUCCUCAAAUGAGGCUAGUGAAGCAAAAUUCUUUUGGAACUUAAACCAAGAGUUAGAACCUCACGUCUUACCUUUUCUUCCCUCUUGACCUCUGCCCCCACAUCCCAGAAAAAUUAAAACCAUUCAGUCUACUGAGGUAAACUCUUUGUUUAAAAAAAGUA